AUGGCACAAUUUAAUCUUCAGCUACCGCCCACUAACUCGUUCGUUCAAGUCGAUCUCUUGAAUGCAGGAAGUAUGGAGGCAGAAUAUCACAAGCUCCAUGCUGGAGCUGGACAGAUUCGGUUCCGAAUGUAUAAUUGGGCUUUCUUUGUGCGUCACGAGAAAACAGGACGGCAUCUUCUCUGGGAUUUGGGAAUGGCUCCAGACAACGAAAAGUAUCCUCCUAUUAUUGCCAACGGCCCAUGGGUAACAGAGCGCAUUGUUGGGCCGCAUGAAAGUCUUGCUGAGCAAAUACAGCGACGUAUAGGAUUAAAGGCUCAAGAUGUCAAAACCAUCGUGCUCAGUCAUGCCCAUUUUGACCACUGUUGGCCUACUCGAGACAUAUUUCCAAACGCUACCUCUUUCUUCGGCCCCGGUACAUUAGAACAUUGUGCCCCGGGCCACUUUCAAGAUCCGUCCUCCAUUUGGGAUGGGAGGUUCUUCGAUCCGGAAAAGGCUACAGAAUGUUGGGAAACUCUCAAGGGGCCAUGGGUGAAAUUUGGAGCCUUUGAGAGAGCAAUGGAUUUUUUUGGGGAUGGCAGUUUCUGGAUAAUCCAAGCUCCAGGGCAUAUGCCGGGUAAUUUAUGUGCUUGUGCAAGACUCGAAAACGGAGAAUGGGUGAUGCUAGCUUCUGAUUGUUGUCACUCACGGGAUAUAUUGGAUGGAAAAAAGGACUUUGGACAGUUUCUAAUGCCAGAUGGGAAAAUGUUUUGUCUACACACAAAUAUUCCCGCAGCGAAGGACACUUUGUCUCGAGUACGAAUUAUGGAAAAGGAGCUCAGGUUUCAUAUUGCUUUAGCUCAUGACUAUGAAUGGAUGAAGGCGAAAACGGACUCUGUUCUGAUGUCAUUACUAGAUGACAAAUUUAUUCAAGAUAUGAAUGCGUCUUUGGACCUCGAGAAGCCAUUUUGA